AUGCCACCCAAGAGUGCUGUGCCGAAGUACCUCAUUCGGGUUUGCCUCAUAUGGCUGGUGCCGGCAGUUAGUUUGCUGUUAGGCUGCUUUCACCUAAUCCCGCUGCUGCUUGCGGCGUCGCUAACGCCCCUGGAGGUGCCAAAGAUCCGCACCAAAAUCUUCGGCAACCGGGCCAAGAAGGUGCUUCCAUGCCUGAAAGUGCCAGCUUUGAUGCGGUUGUCCGUGCUGUGGCUCCUGCAGGUCUGGUUCAUUAUUCUCUGGAGAGCGAGCAGCCCAGAAGCCUCUGAGGCAACUUCCCCCGUUGGGGUCAUAGGUGAGAGCGUUGCGAACCUAGCAGCUGAUGAAGUUCCGCAACGCCUUUCUGUCGUUCUGCCGUGCGCUGGCGAGGGACAGUACGCCUUGAACACCGUUCGCGCGGUCUACGAGUCCCUGCCUGCGGACAUCUUGCAAGAGAUCAUCGUUGUAGACGAUGGUUCCGAACCGCCUUUGGCAGAGUCGUUUUUGACUCUCGACGUGGUCAAACGCUACAGGGUCAGAAUCAUACGCCAUGCUCAAACGGUUGGCCUUAUUGGCGCCAAGAAGGAUGGUGGUGAUGCUGCCACUGGUGAUAUUGUCGUAUUUUUCGAUUGCCACGUGGCUCCCCAGCCGGGUUGGCACGAGUCCUUUCUCAGGCUGAUCGGCGAAAACUACCGCCGCAUUGUUACACCUGUAAUAACAGACCUCGAUGUCGGGACGUGGCAGCAACGUGGUGGCAACCAGGGACAGGCAAAGUGCUACCUGACCUGGGAUGCGGAUUUCAAAUGGUUCACAUCUGAUGACCCGUACGUGCCCAUCCUAUCCGGUGGGCUUUUAGGCAUCAGCAAACGAUGGUGGAACGAAACUGGAGGCUAUGACGUGGAGAUGGUUGGAUGGGGCGGCGAGAACCUGGACCAGUCACUCAGGAGUUGGCUUUGUGGCGGUGAGAUCAUGAUGGCGAAGGACUCCUUCGUUGCCCACAUGUGGCGCUCACCCAGCGACUCUCGAACCAAGGCCCAUUACAAGGUGAAAGCAGGUGCAGCUGCACGAAAUAGAUUGCGGGCUGCUGUAGCCUGGUAUGGGGAUUUCUCUCAGAAGCUCUCGUCCUUUCCGGGCUUGCAGUAUGAGAGGAGGAACCCAGACGGAACGCCUUGGUAUGGAAAUCUGGAUAACAUCCUGGACGUGAAAACGCGACUGGGGUGCAAAUCCUUCGCAUGGUUCAUGCACCGUUUCAAGCACGUCUACGAGGAUGGAGGCCUGAUUCCUUCAGAAAUUUUCCUCAUCGAACACAAUGGGCAGUGCUUGACCUACGAAGGUGGGCCGGGGACCAGUCCUGAUGGCAAGGGGACAGCGGUGCUUCAGCCAUGCGUUGCGGGCAACGAACGCCAGCGCUGGCAUGAGGCCAAUCAGGAUCCAUCUCAGACUGACAAGGGGUGCUGCAGCGGACUGCGCGCCUGGAACACUGAUCAGUGCAUCAACGGAGCAUCGCAUGGGAAGGUCACUACCUUCAUCUGCGACAUCUCUGGAAAGUUGCUUCAGCAGGCUUGGCGCUUUGAUCCUUCUGGACAGUUGCAGAAGCAGGGAAGAGGCGGCUUUAUGCAGAGCAACGAGUGCAUCAUACCCGCUGACAGGCUGGAGGCCGUCUUGCUUUGA